AUGCGCGUUGAUAACCUCGAUAUGGGUGAUACUAACGAUACGGAGCACCGUGCCCCUCCUGAUGCAACCUCCAGUGGGGAGCCCUUUUUGGACUUUGACGCAUUGGCCUUUGAUCCUGGUACACUUGAGUCGAACGUAUAUGAAUCUGUUUUUGAGAAUGGAUUGGGGGGGGAUGAGUUCGAGUUCAACUUUGACGAUUUAUGGUCUGCGGAUAUGACCCAACUGCCUCUCACGGUAGAUGGCACCGACUUCACACAGACCCAGCUUCAAGGCGAUACCAGCUUGCAACGCGAUGGGCUGCAGCGCCCAGGGACUGAUCAACUCGCACUCAACUUCGGGGACCUCAUGAGAAAUGUUUCUGAAUCUCCAUCUUCAACUCGAUCACCCAGCAUCCUUACUCCGCCAAUCCCUUCUCCCCUCCCGCCAAAGAUCGGUCAUCGCUUCACUCUCGAUGCCAUCCGCUCCUUGAAGGACUGGUUUGCUCGAAACUCCGACAACCCUUAUCCAAAUGAAGAAGAAAAGAAUAUGCUGGAGCUCCAGACCGGCUUGACUCGAACUCAAAUUACUAAUUGGCUAGCAAAUGCCCGAAGACGGAGAACUACUACAGAUAGCGGAACUCAGACAGCUUCAGGAAAGUCUGGCAAGGCUCCUGCCGAGUAUACGCCAACACGAGCUGGUACACCGAUACCACGAAGAAGAUCUGAGAAGGGGAUGCAUCCUUUGCAGAGAUGGGUCGACUCACCACCUGAGAAUGAACCGGCUGCUGUGUCUGCUAUUGCCCGGGCGAUGGCUUCAAGCCAAUUAGUCACAUCCAGUCUGUUACCUACCCCCAGCGCAAGGUUGAAUCUGACAAGAGCAGGAAGUCGAAGUCGGAGAGGCACGUUCUCAAGUGACGAGAGAAUACCCCGGAGACGUGGCCAUAGAUCAACGACUAGCAGUCUCGGAACAUCGAGAAGCACAUCAGCAGAUUCACGUUCCUCCCACGGCUCCAUCAGUGGUACCUCAUCACACAGUCGAGGCAGGUCGAUCCAAAAACGAAGACCCCAGAAAACAUCACUUAUGAAACCCCGCCUCACAUUCCAAUGUACAUUCUGUACCGAAACCUUUAGCCGGAAAUACGACUGGCAACGUCAUGAGAACUCAUUACACCUGUCUUUAGAACGAUGGGAGUGUUCCCCUGACGGCCCAACAGCCACAGAUCCAGAUACUGGCCAAAUCAUCUGCCUAUUCUGCGGAGAAAAUAGCCCAAGCGGUGAGCAUAUAAGUGGCCAUAAUCCAUCUGCAUGUCAGGAAAGAUCGUUUAGCAGGAAAGACCACCUCAAACAACAUCUGCGCCUGGUACACAACGCUAAAUUAACUGACCUUUCCAUGAAACUGUGGAGGACAGCACAACCAGAUAUCAUUUCAAGAUGUGGAUUCUGUCAAGCUUCUAUGACUAGAUGGAUUGAUAGAGUUGAUCAUGUUGCUAACCACUUCAAGAUGGGAUGUACGAUGAAUAAUUGGGUUGGCGACUGGGGAUUUGAAGAUGACAUCUUGAAGACUAUAGAGAAGGCUUUACCACCAUACUUGGUCGAAUUGGAACGCGGAACUCCAUUCCCCUUCGCAGCGAGUGGCAAACCACCCGAUUCUCCUCGAAGUGCAUACGAGCUCAUCACGCUCGAGUUGGCAUAUUUUAUCUCGAACCACAACGACAAUGUGGGAAGUCUGCCGAGCCACGAAAGCCUACAACUGGAGGCUUGCCGCAUCAUGUUUGCCUCUGAAGUAACGUUUCCCGAAGCGAACCUGGACACUCACGGGAGUCCAUCAUGGUUCAGAGACUUGCUUCUGUCCUCUGACGAGAUUGCUCAACAAGCUCGCUUUGCACCGAUUCGAUCGAGUACAGAAAGUAGACUUUCUGUUUUGAGGGUCAAGGGCAAGAACUCAUUGUUUGAAGAGUGUCCACUGGAGUCACGACUGCAAGCGUUCAUGCGUAAUCGAAGAACGAGGGCGCUGUCCGAAGUUUCGGAUAGAGAACUACAAAAAGAGGCAGGCCGUAUUGUCAUGCAGAUGGAAAGCGAACUGCAAACGAAGCCCGAGUUUGUUGCAAACUGGUUAAUCGGUUUUCUGUAUAACUCAACAAACUGGAUAAGCGACUUUCGGCGGCGUGCAGACCUUAUCUCAGCCGAUGAUAGCUGGAAACUUCAAUUGCCGGGUAAUAUGGCAUGGUCUACUGAGUCUACAGGUGUCCAGACACAGCAUGAUCUAUCCUGGGUGAACAACUCGUCUCUCUUUGACGGAAAUGACUGGUCUUUCGGAGGGCAAGCUGGACCGUCGGGCACAACCAUGACUUGGCAAGCAAACGAACCAGCGAAUAACGUUGAUCAAUCCACGUUCGAUGCAUCACUCGACGACUUUACAUGGCUUUGGUCAGACGAUAAAUCACCACCCAAGAUACCACAGACGACCCCGAGUCCUGGAGCAGAAGGCGAGUCUGGCCUUCGGCCGACGUGGCUAGGUCCGGGGAUCUAUGUCUUGAAUGACCCGAAUCACCUCCCGUGGUUUGCGCGCGAGAUGAAGAGAUGGGUAAAAGCAGCCAUGUCACCCAAUAACCCAAUCUGUCAUGUUCCUUCGGAUGAGGAGCUUAGACACCAAGCUCGAUGUCUGCUUUACAAUGAGUAA